AUGGAUGGUGAAGAUGACCCAUUGUUGCAAGAUGCUUGGGUGAAUGAGGAAGAGGAGGUAGUCUUCGGCCCCUGCAAGAGAACUGAAGGACUCCAGCUCUGUGGGAAAUGCCAGUGGAAUCCCAGGCCACAGGCACAAGCCACGGCUGUGCUGACCUCUAGCUUUUGGGAUGUCGUGGGUUGGAUCUUCACCAAUCCCUACUCUGCCAGCCUCAUCCUCUUCUUGGGUUGUGCCAUUCCAACCACCCUGGCCAUUGUGAUGUUCCUACACUACCCUGCUUUGGAUAUCGAUAUCUCUUACAAUGCCUUCGAGAUCCGCAACCAUGAGUCCUCCCAGCGCUUUGACGCACUGGCCUUGGCCCUCAAGUCCCAGUUUGGCUCCUGGGGCCGCAACCGCCGGGACUUGACGGAUUUCAACUCGGAGACCUUGCAGAGGCUGAUCUUUGAGCAGCUGCAGCAUCUUCGCCGCAAUGCCUCACAUCCAGGGGGUGUUGGUGCAGCCAGGCAGAAGCGCAGUAGCCUGGACCCUGAGAGGACUAGUCAUCUCCAGAGCCAGCCACCUUCGGGCAACCAAACCUCCCGCCAACCACGGAGUGCCCUGCCCCACUGGGAAUACUCAAAUGCAGUUGUGAGCACCAACACGCAAACCCAUGCACAUUGGCGCAUCGAGCUGAUUUUCCUUGCCCGGGGCGAUGCUGAGAACAACAUCUUCACCUCUGAGCGCCUGGUUACCAUCCAUGAGAUUGAGCGCAAAAUUAUGGAUCACCCUCACUUCCGGGAGUUUUGCUGGAAGCCUCAUGAGGUCCUCAAAGAUCUCCCACUGGGUUCCUACUCUUACUGUUCCCCACCUAGUUCUCUCAUGACUUAUUUCUUCCCCACUGAGAGGGGUGGGAAGAUCUACUAUGAUGGUCUAGGGCAGGAUCUGGCUGACAUUCAAGGCUCCCUAGAGCUGGCCAUGACCCACCCGGAAUUCUACUGGUACGUGGACGAGGGUCUGUCGGUCGAGAACAGGAAGAGUUCCCUCUUGCGCAGCGAGAUCCUCUUCGGAGCCCCGCUGCCCAGCUAUUACUCACUAGAGGACCGGUGGGAGGAACAGCGGAGAAAGUUCCAGAGCUUUGUGGUGACCUACGUGGCUUUGCUGGCCAAGCAAUCCACCAGCAAAGUUCAAGUGCUUUACGGUGGGACGGAUUUGUUUGACUACGAAGUGAGGAAGACCUUCAACAAUGACAUGCUGCUGGCUUUUAUUAGCAGUAGUUGCAUCGCAGUCUUGGUCUACAUCCUUGCUUCUUGCUCGGUGUUCCUCUCAUUCUUUGGGAUUGCUAGCAUUGGACUCAGCUGCCUCGUGGCUCUCUUUCUCUACCAUGUGGUGUUUGGGAUCCAGUACCUAGGAAUCUUGAAUGGAGUGGCUGCUUUUGUCAUUGUGGGGAUUGGUGUGGACGAUGUCUUUGUCUUCAUAAACACCUACCGGCAGGCCACCCACUUGAAAGAUCUCCACCUGCGAAUGGUCCACACCAUCCAGACAGCCGGCAAGGCCACCUUCUUCACCUCCUUGACCACGGCUGCAGCGUACGCCGCCAACAUUUUCUCACAGAUCCCAGCUGUCCAUGACUUUGGCCUCUUCAUGUCUCUGAUCAUUACUUGCUGCUGGGUGGCCGUCCUCUUCAUUAUGCCCGCGGCACUUGGGGUUUGGUCUCUCUACCUGUCCCCCCUGGAAAACGCGUGCCAGGCCAGCUGCAGCCAAAAAUGCAUGAAGGCAAACGCAUUGCACAUUUCGGACGGGCUCUUCGUCUCCUCGGAGGCUGCAAGCGGACCAGGCCCAGGAAGCCUUCCUUACCUAGACGAUGACAUACCUCUGCUCAGCGUGGAAGACGAACCUGUGACUCUGGAAAUGGGGGAUGUUCCCUUGGUUUCAGUGCUGCCCGAGAACCUUCAGCAACCCACAAAGAAGAGCAACCAGGGACAGCUAAUCGCUCACCUGCAAGAGCUUCUCCAGUGUUGGGCUCUGUGGUCGGCAGUGAAGAGCAAAUGGGUGAUUGUUGGGCUGUUUCUCUCCGUUCUCCUUCUGUCUGUCUUCUUCGCCAGCCGCCUCCGCCCGGCCAGCCGGGCUCCCCUCCUGUUCAGGCCCGACACCAACAUCCAGGUGCUGCUGGAUCUCAAGUACAACCUGAGCGCUGAGGGGAUCUCCUGCGUCACCUGCUCAGGCUUGUUUCAGGAAAAACCCCGCAAUCUGCAGAAUAACAUCCGCACCUCACUGGAGAAGAAAAAAAGGGGAUCGGGUCUGGCGUGGGGCAGUCGAGGGAGUGCUGUGAGCGAUGCAGCUGUGCAGGACCCCCAGGGGACAGUCUACAUCUUCAAAUCCAAAGGCAAAGGCAGGCCAGUGAUCUACAGGUUCUCUCUCAAUGCCACUGUCCCAGCGCCAUGGCAAAUGGUGUCCGCGGGAGAUGGGGAAGUCCCCUCUUUUCCGGUGUAUAGAGUUCCUUACGGUAACUUCACCAAGAGGCUGACCGCUUGUAUGUCCACAGUAGGGCAUGUCGAACAGAUGGGCCCCAAGAAAUGGAUGAUGACGACCUUGUCCUGCGAUGCCAAGAGAGGGUGGAAAUUCGACUUCAAUUUCUAUGUGGCUGCGAAGGAACAGCAGCGCACAAGGAAACUAUAUUUUGCCCAGUCGCACAAGCCUCCUUAUCACGGCAGAGUGUGCAUGGCACCUCCUGGCUGUCUUCUUAGCUCUAGCCCGGAUGGACCAAACAAGGGUUUCUUGUAUGUGCCAAGUGAAAAAGCCUCCGCAAAACCCAAGCUGUCGAUCACUUCUGGAUUCAACCCUUGCGGGAAUGCUAGCUGUGGGAAACCAGCGGUGCGCCCCCUAGUGGACACAGGGGCAAUGGUGUUUGUGGUGUUUGGCAUCCUAGGGGUGAAUCGCUCCCGACGCAUGGACAACCACGUCAUUGGAGACAUGGGCAGCGUCAUCUAUGAUGACGGCUUUGACCUCUUCAAAGAGAUUGGCAACUUGUGCCGGAUCUGCAAGGCCAUCGCCCGCAAUGCAGAGCUUGUUAAACCAGGAGGAGCCCAAUGCCUGCCCUCAGGAUACAGUAUCUCCACAGUACUGCAGAUGCUGCACCCAGAGUGUAAGAACCUCCCCGAGCCAAAUCUUCUGCCCGGACAGCUCUCUCAUGGGGCAGUGGGGGUGAAGGAUGGCAAAGUACAGUGGAUCUCCAUGGCCUUUGAGUCGACUACCUACAAAGGGAAGUCAUCCUUCCAGACUUACUCUGACUAUCUCAAGUGGGAAACUUUCCUCCAGGAUCAACUCCAGCAGUUCCCGAAAGGCUCAGCGUUGCGCCGGGGCUUCCAGACCUGCGAGCACUGGAAACAAAUCUUCAUGGAGAUCAUAGGUGUACAAAGUGCCCUGUAUGGUCUCAUCCUCUCCUUGGUGAUCUGUGUGGCCGCUGUUGCUGUCUUUACCACUCAUGUCCUCCUCCUGCUUCCUGUGCUGCUCACCAUUUUAGGAGUUGUAUGUUUAGUAGUGACCAUCAUGUAUUGGUCUGGCUGGGAAAUGGGAGCAGUGGAGGCCAUCUCCCUCUCCAUCCUUGUUGGCUCCUCUGUCGACUACUGUGUCCAUCUCGUGGAAGGAUUCCUUCUAGCAGGAGAGACCCUGCCGCUUCACCUGGCAGAGGACCCCAGCUCCAGCCGCCAGUGGAGGACGAUGGAGGCGGUCCGGCACGUGGGCGUGGCCAUCGUGUCCAGCGCCGUCACCACUGUCAUUGCCACUGUCCCGCUCUUCUUCUGCAUCAUCGCCCCCUUUGCGAAGUUUGGCAAGAUCGUGGCCCUUAACACGGGCGUCUCCAUCCUUUACACUCUGACUGUGAGCACUGCCCUGCUGAGCAUCAUGGGACCCCCCUCCUUCACCCGUAGCCGGACUUCCUUCCUCAAAGCCCUGGCUGGGGUGCUUGUGGCCGUGGUGGUGGGCCUGUGCAUUUGCCUGGUGUUGCUAAGAAGUGGAUUCAAGAUCCCCCUGCCCAAUGGGACAGUCCUAUAG